UAAUAAAUAUUCCGGAGGGAAUUAAAUGAAUACAAGCUUUGAAAAGGUGACAAUGUGAGCCGUGAAACGGUGAGGACGAAAAAACGAAAGGGAUAAUCGAACUGAAAUUUCCCAGAUCACUUAAGCAAAAAAUCCUGCGUUUUCUUGCACGCCUGAGCUUGUUUACAACUGACAUCAUGUUUGGGUUACAAAUAAACCAGUUUCAUUAUUUUGCUGGAUAAAAAAUGUCCUUCCAACACUUGACUUUGUCGUCCUCAAAAUGAAGGAACUCGUCGCUUUGGCCGUUCUCAUCCUAGCAGCGUCUGUUUGCAUGGCCAGACCUCAGAACAGCAACAAUCAAAGAGGAGCCAGUUAUCAACCAAUCAGUCAUCAGGUGUAUUACGGUCAAGGCCGUGGGCAACAGAGCAACAAUAAUCGAAACGACCAAAGGGGUCGGGGUGAUGGUGGAGUGACUAUUGAUGAAUAUGGUCGGGAUAUAUCAGACACUGACCGUGCCUCGGGUUCGCCAGACUACGGGAGAGAUCGUUACCAGGAGCAACGAGGUCGAAGCCGUUAUGGUUCCAGACAAACCGAUCGCUCUCGCGGGCGAUACUCCAAUCCAAGCGCCAUAUCAACCGAAUACAAUCCGUAUUCUUAUGGGCCAAGUGGAGUGACCGAGCCCGGAAUUCAUGACCAAGUAAUCGAGGCGGAAGGCGGAAAUAAAUUGGAAUAUUUGGACUACGAGAAGGCCCCUCGGCAAUGCCCACAGGGCUGGGUUAGAGACAUUUGGGGGUAUUGCCGCGAAAUCUUCCAUGAGGAACGCCGUGAUUGGGAUUGGUGGGAGAAUAUCCGGAGAUACGUUAUGAGCACUCAGUACACGGGUCGUUAUUGAACGAAUACAUGCAUAAAUUAUAUUCAAAUAUAUCUAUAUGCAUACGGUGCAGACACUGUGCCUAUUUUUAUUAAGUGUAAAUAUAAUGAAUAUAAGACAUCCAA